CUGUACGGCUUCAAUCAUUAAUAUCUUCUCUUCCCCUCCUCCCAUCUGUAUCUUCCCUCCCUCACCUCUCUCUCUCUAGCCUUCUCAUCUUUCACACCAAACACUAAACAAACUCUCUUUGUAUGUUCGAACAAAGCAUGACCAUCAGCGAUCAGUUUCCUUGUGGGUUAAGAGUUCUUGUCGUAGACGACGACACUUCCUGUCUUAUAAUCCUCGAGAAAAUGCUUCUCCGUCUCAUGUACCAAGUUACCAUCUGCUCCCAAGCCGAUGUUGCGUUAACCCUCUUGAGAGAAAGAAAAGGCUGUUUCGAUUUGGUCUUAAGCGAUGUUCAUAUGCCUGGUAUGAACGGUUACAAGCUUCUCCAGCAAGUUGGUCUCGAGAUGGAUCUCCCUGUCAUCAUGAUGUCUGUUGAUGGAAGAACAGCGACGGUGAUGACGGGAAUCAACCAGGGAGCUUGUGAUUAUCUCAUUAAGCCGAUUCGUCCCGAAGAGCUCAAGAACAUAUGGCAACAUGUGGUCCGCAGGAAAUGCACAGUCAGCAAGGAGAUUCCAAAAGCUUUAGAUAGCAGCAGCAGCUUGGAGAGUCUUUUCUCUCUUGGUGGAGUCUCAGAGGGGAGUGUGAAACGUAGGAAGAACAAGAGAAGGGUUGUUAGAGAAGCAGAAGAAGAAGAAGAUGAUGAUCCUCUUGAUCCUGGAAACAGUUCCAAGAAGUCGCGUGUUGUUUGGUCCAUGGAGUUGCAUCAACAAUUCGUCAAGGCUAUAAACCAUCUUGGCAUUGAUAAAGCUGUACCAAAGCGGAUUCUUGAGUUGAUGAACGUGCCUAGAUUAAGCAGAGAGAACGUCGCUAGUCAUCUGCAGAAGUACCGAUUGUAUUUGAAGAGAUUAAGCGGUGCAGCUUCUCAGAGUAAGGAUGCAGAGUCUAUGGAAAGAUAUGAAAACAUUCAAGCUAUGGUUUCUUCAGGACAGAUACAUCCACAGGCAUUAGCUGCCUUGUAUGGUCGACCAAUAGAUAAUCAUAUGUCUGGUGGUUUUGGAGUCUGGAUACCUAGUGACAGUCAUCUUGCUGGUGGUAAUGUAUCAUCAGCUUCUAACCGGUGUUUUGGGGCUUUAGAUAGUCCUUCAUCUGUUGCUGCUUCAAUGGCCAUUCAUGGUUUAUCUUCUUCCUAUGCAAAUUUAAGACAGCAAGGUGGUGGUUUUAGCAACAACGCAGACUACAGGAUCAGACAAGGGAAUGGGUCAGGUCUCAACGAAGAAUCUUGGAUCUUGGGAAGACCGUUAAGACAGCGAAAGGCUUAAGAGGAGGAGGCAAGCGUUGGUUCUGUGACUGUUUCCUUCAGGUCGUCAGAAGGGAGUGAAGUGGUAAGAAAACUUGUGUGUUUGCAAAGUGUUAGGGGUAAGUGUAAGAAGAUGACGAGCUUAGGACAAAGUCCUGUGUUUGUAUUGUUAGUGCUAGUAAUUACGUUUUAAUGUGGAGGUUUGAGACUAUCUAUGAAUGAAGAUGUAUGAGUAUUUACAACU